UGCGCCCCGACUUCAACUUAUACCAUAUCAACAAUUGGCGAACCAAAACGCCUCCUAACAAUUUCUCGCAAUCUUUUCUUUCGAAACGACAAAAACCUAAUAUAAAACCCUUCACAAUGGCGCUCCCCAUCUCCAAGCCAAAACUCCCCGUCAUCGUCGACAAGCCCACACCCUACACCUUCGACCUCGGCAACCUCCUCGCCCAGGACCCCAACCCCGUCGUCCUCCCCGACGCCUCCUCCAUCGACCAGGCCCUCGCCGAACUCGCCCGCGACGGCGCCCAGUCGCUCAUCAACCAGCUCCUCACCACCUGCCCGCUGCAGUCCACCAGCGACGGCGUCCUCCUCACGCUGCCCGCGCCCGCCACCCGCCUGCCCCGCGAGAAGCCCGUGCCCCAGCCCAAGCCGCCGACCAAGUGGGAGCGCUUCGCCGCCAAGAAGGGCAUCAAGGCCAAGACGAGGGAGCAGCGCCGCAACUUGGCCUACGACGAGGAGUCGGGCGAGUGGAAGCGCAAGUGGGGAUACAAGGGCCUGAACAAGAAGGGCGAGGACAGCUGGCUGGUCGAGGUUGAUCCCAAGAAGGAGGCUGCGCGGAAAGAGGGCACCAGCAUUCGGGCUGAUGGGCGGAGAGAGCGCGUGGAGAAGAUCAAGCGCAAUGAGAGGAAGAUGAGGAAAAACCAGCGGGACGCUACCGACAAAAUGGGCAAGAAGGCCUAAGGGAGACGGGAGGCGAGAGUCGUGAAAUUCCAGCUACUCCACCAUUGGAGGGUCUAUUCAUAAUCAAAAGUCAGUCAGACAUGGCUACGGCGUUAUAGGCGUGUUGGGAAGGAUUUAAGAGGGAACCUGCUUCAAAAGAAACCGAGAUACAUGCCGGCUUAAUCGUUACCACGUAUCUAUCUUUAGUGGAGGAAGGAUUGCUCAAGUUUUCACAUUUUUGUAUGGAUGUUCUAGAGAAUCUCAAAGCUAGCAUAGCAGCAACAAUUUUUUUUCACGCACGCCAGAUCCCUCCAGGCCUUGAUGGUUCAAAGGUUACCAAGGAUAAAGAAAAAGAAAACAAAAAUCCUGCCCACUCUGUACCUCCCUCCUCACUUAAAGCAGCUUUUAGAGCCACUAACCCCUUCUAUUCUUACACUGACGCCCAUACUUCCCUCUUAAAUCAAACUAGCAAGAAUGAGAACUAAAAAAAAAGAGGCGGAAUAAAGGCUCACAAACAGCCAUAUAGCCUCCAGUUCUCCAUCUUGCCUGGCUUUUAACAAAGGGGAAAGGGCCUGAGAAAUGUUGGCCUAUACGAUACUCCACGGUCGAGUCUUUUGAAUAGCUAAAAAGAAAUUCGAAGUCGUUUCGAUGAUGCAAUUUAUCUGCAAUUAAGAAUCGAGAGAAUAAACUUGGGAAAAUAGUGUCGUCGCGACAUUGCUGUAGGAUGAUGAAAAGACAAAAAUAGGAAAACAUAGGAAAAGCCAGACCGAUAAAUGCAAAGAGGCAGAUGGCACAUAUGAAACAAGAGAAAGCAGUGGGAGGACCACUGAGUCUCU